AAUUUGAAUCUAACGUCUCAAAAACAUUCAUUACUGUGUUAAAAAUUCUACAGAGAAGUCAGCCCACUCGUUCGCAAGGCAAAGAACAGUCAUUAUAUACACUUGAAAUAAUGAAUCGUAUUCUGGAGAAGGUGAUUCAUCAGAAUGGAACAAUCGUGGAUCGCAUUCUAUCGGAACAUACCAUAGGGUAUGUGGUGUCCGAUAACAUGGCCAAUGCGGUGGCCGAAACGUCAUUCGAUAACACAAGUGCCCAAGCGAUCCUGAAGCACUUAAAUGGACUCCUGGUGAGCACCUGCCAAAGUGUCGUCCGGGACAUUGACCCGUCCAACAAACUCUGCUUCAUGCGCCUGGCCACUCGCAAGUACGAGUAUCUGGUGGCCCCCGAGGAGUACUUCACCAUUACGGUGGUACAAUAAAGUGGCUAUACUCUUAAUUCUACAGAAGAUUCAUUCGAGUUUAACGAUUGCGGAGGAAAUACAAUUAGAAAUUAAACUACUCCUUUUAGAAACAAUUUCCUACAAGUGGGUCAAGUUUUAGGAAAUUGUUUUCUAAAAUCUGAAGGUAUUUCAAAACAAACUCUAUUCUACCAGUAAUAUAAAGUUAUAAAGAAGAAUAUCCGCCAAAACAAAUAUAUAAGAAUAUCUUAGCAA